UCCUUGCGGAGCCGCCAUGCCGUACGCCGCGAUGUGCGGCCGCCUGGGCCCGGUGGCUGCCGGGCUGCGGCGCUUGGCUGGCGCGGGGCGCGGGGCGCGGGCUGUCAGCACCAGCUGGGCUCCGGUGGGCGCCGCCUUCAGCGUGAAGCCGCAGGGCCGCCGCCUGGACUUGUUCGGGGAGCGCCAGGGUCUCUUUGGAGUCCCCGAGCUCAGUUCCCCAGAAGGAUUCCGUUUUGCUCAGGAGCACGCACUGCAAAGGACUGACCUGCUGGUGGAGCGUGCAUGCUCCACUCCACCCGGGCCCCAGACGGUAUCCAUCUUUGAUGAACUCUCCGACUGCCUGUGCAGAGUGGCCGACUUGGCUGAUUUUGUGAAGAUUGCUCACCCUGAGCCAGCAUUCAGAGAGGCUGCAGAAGAAGCUUGUCGAAGUAUUGGCACUGUGGUGGAAAGGCUGAACACAAAUGUGGAGUUAUAUCAAAGUCUCCAUAAGUUGCUGGCUGAUAGCUCACUUGUGGCCUCCCUUGAUGCAGAAACUAGGCGUGUGGCCGAACUGUUUAUGUUUGAUUUUGAAAUCAGUGGAAUCCAUUUAGACAAAGAAAAGCGUAAAAGAGCAGUGGACUUGAAUGUGAAAAUCCUGGAUUUGAGUAGUGCAUUUCUUAUGGGCACCAACCUUCCUAACAAGAUUGAGAAGCAUCUCUUACCUCCACACAUCUGCCGUCACUUUGUGCAUGCCAGAGAUCAUGUGCUAAUAGACGGUUUACAUGCAGAAGCUCCUGAUGACUUGGUGCGAGAAGCUGCUUAUAAGAUUUUCCUUUAUCCUAAUGCUAAUCAACUGAAAUGUUUAGAAGAAUUACUAAAAAACAGAGAUGUCCUGGCAAAGUUGGUGGGGUAUUCUACAUACUCCCACAGGGCUCUCCAAGGAACAAUAGCCAAGAAUCCAGAGACUGUCAUGCAGUUCCUUGAGAAAUUGUCUGAAAAACUUUCUGAAAGAACUAUGAAGGAUUUUGAGAUGAUGCGAGGAAUGAAAAUGAAACUAAAUCCACAAAAUUCUGAAUUGAUGCCAUGGGAUCCCCCCUACUACAGUGGUGUGAUCCGCGCUGAGAGGUAUAACAUCGAGCCCAGCCUGUAUUGCCCAUUUUUCUCCCUCGGGGCAUGCAUGGAAGGCCUGAAUAUUUUAUUUAACAAGCUGUUGGGGAUUUCACUCUAUGCAGAGCAGCCCUCGAAAGGAGAGGUGUGGUGUGAAGAUGUCCGAAAACUGGCUGUGGUCCAUGAAUCUGAAGGACUAUUGGGAUACAUUUACUGUGACUUUUUUCAGCGAGCAGACAAACCACAUCAGGACUGUCAUUUUACAAUUCGUGGAGGCAGAUUAAAGGAAGAUGGAGAAUAUCAGCUCCCAGUUGUGGUUCUUAUGCUGAAUCUUCCUCAGCCCUCAAGGAAUUUACCAACGUUAUUAACUCCAGGCAUGAUGGAGAACCUAUUUCAUGAAAUGGGCCAUGCCAUGCACUCCAUGCUGGGGCGCACGCGUUACCAGCAUGUCACUGGGACCCGGUGCCCCACUGAUUUUGCUGAGGUGCCUUCCAUUCUGAUGGAGUACUUUGCAAAUGAUUACCGUGUGGUGAGCCAGUUUGCCAGGCACUACCAAACUGGGCAGUCACUGCCCAAGAAUAUGGUGUCCCGUCUCUGUGAAUCGAAAAAGGUCUGUGCGGCAGCUGACAUGCAGCUUCAGGUCUUUUAUGCUACUCUGGAUCAGAUCUACCAUGGGAAACACCCCUUGAAGACUUCAACCACAGACAUCCUCAGGGAAACACAGGAGAAGUUCUAUGGCUUGCCGUAUGUUGAAAAUACUGCCUGGCAGCUUCGAUUCAGCCACCUGGUGGGCUAUGGUGCCAAGUACUACUCCUAUCUGAUGUCCAGGGCAGUGGCAUCCAUGGUCUGGAAGGAGUGUUUCCUCCAGGAUCCUUUUAACAGGGCUGCUGGAGAGCGGUACCGCCGGGAGAUGCUGGCGCAUGGUGGUGGCAAGGAACCCCUGCUUAUGGUUCAAGGUAUGCUUCAGAAGUGUCCUUCUGUCGAUGACUUUGUAGAUGCCCUUGUUUCUGACUUGGACCUGGACUUCGAAACAUUCUUCAUGGAUUCUGAGUGAUGGAAACACCUUGAAUCUUUUAAUUUAAGGUAGAUGCUGACUUUGCAGUAAAUACUGCAGCUGUGAACCCUUGUUUCUGAUUCCAGUAUUCACUUUGUAAUGAUUUCUGAAAUACCUUAAAGUGAUGGAGCUUGUAAUAAAUUGUUUUGACUACA